AUGCCUGUUACGAAUAAUGUUAUUGGCAGUGAAAAUCUUGAUUCAGCUAGAGUAACAAAAGAAAUGAAGUCAUAUGGCACACUGUUUGCUAAGAUUCCGCAAGAAUUUAAACAUUUAGUCUCUAAUGGAAUACUUUCACCGUCAGUUUUUCCUCAAGACCUAGACUUGGGAAGUGGGUGCACCAAUCAAAUAGCGAAACUAAUAAUUCCUUUAAAAGCUUCUCAUGAAAUCAGUGAGUCUAAACUAUGGGAUGGGACGAGUUUUAUUCACAUACCAAUCAUUAGGCAGCCUUUUAAAGAAUAUAAAGUUUUAGUAGCUGUUGCUCCAAAAGCUGUAAGGAUCGGUAGUAUCGAUAAUAAGAAACCUAUUGUCGUUUAUGUUGUUUUCCCCGAUGAUGAUGUUAAGGAUAUUAAGCAUUUCGAAAUGCCUGAAAUAUAUUUUGUUGCUAAAAGUAAUGAAGCAUUAAUAAAAAAUAAAAAUGCAGAUCCGAUUAUAGUUAUGGGCAGCAACCGAACUGUGACUGGAAUUAAAAGUGCUAAAAUGAUGAAAAUUGUCAAAUUGAAAAAUAAAUUGACUAAUCUUUUU